UUUUGGUAUAACGAAUUAGUUCCUACCUGCCACCUUGACUCUUGGAGUCUUGGAUUAUGUGUUUCAAUCUGUUGGAAUCGUAGUAAGCACGAGGUGCCUGCGAUGAUCGUGUAAUGCGUGCUAUGUCAUCACAGAUAUAUACAAUUUCAAGUUAUACAAAAAUUUAUGUAAUUUAUGGCGUGUAUUCCUUCCGAUAAUCCAGUUGAUCAGAGGGUAUGUGUAAAUACUGAAUAUAAAAAAUUCUUUGUGUAACUUUAUAGUCUAUUAUUAAACUAAUGCAUUUGAAUGUUGAACGAAAUAUAACGAAGAAGUACGAAAAUCACAAGUGUAGUCAGUGUUCAAAACUAAUUAACUUCUAAGUUUAUUAUUGGCGAAUACCCGCGUAAUUGUUACAAGUUACAUCUGUUUAUUAGUGAAUAGGAGGUAUCAUUAGAAACUGAAGGGAUAUUUUGCAUCAGCGAAAACCUUGGUUGCUGCUGCGACAGUUAUCCUUUACCCUAUCAUUUUCGAGAAGAAUAAAUAACAAUGGGAGACCGCAACAAUCCCAUUAAGUUUGGUCCGGAGUGGCUACGCAACCUUGCACGUGAGCGGAGCGCCGGGAGGACGAACACACCUCAGAACAACCCCAGGCCCGGAAACCCGCAGAACACCAGACCCAGUGGGUCUCAGGGACCUGGUGGUUCAGGCCCUAAUUCAGCUGGGGCUGCGGGAGGCACAGGUUCGUCGGGUCCACCGACGUCGGUCAGUCCACCGAACGCUGGUGCCACAGCAUCAGGUGGAACCUCUACACCUACUCCCGGGACCUCGACCGGAGCAAUCACACGAAACACAAAUAACAAUCCAGUGCCAAAAGUGCAGCUCGCUAAGAUGAGAUACGGCAGGGAAGAAAUGUUGGCAUUAUAUGAUAGAACAUCCGAGGCCCCAGAGGAGCUGAAGUACUUCGAUUUGAUAUACCAGCCGCGGGGAAAACCACCUGUCGCACUGAACACCUUCGAGGAGGAGACUCAGCGGGGCGGGCCGCCCAUCGGAGCGAUGCCAACAGAACGCUUCGGCAUAGGACGAGGCGCGGGCCGGGGUGCUAUCGCGAGCGAGCCUCGGGGGAAGUCCCGCAUGCCGUUCGUGCGUCAUCCAUCAUCCGGCCCGACGUCUGGAAGGGGUUCUGCCUCACUGCACACCGGUAACGCCAGGUCUCCCGGGUUCAGCGGCCCUGAAGAAGAAGCGCCCCCGGGCCGGCCGUGGACAGGCAAUAAUGGUGGAGGUACUACGAACAGGACUGAUCAGGGUGAAUGGGGACAGAAUAAAAUGUAUCGAAGCCAAUCGCAGUCCUCUGCCGCACAUAGACCACUUCAAAGUCGCGCCAAAGAUCCUGGGUCACCGCCUACAGCAUCCAGUCGGGCUUCCACGACUACAUCAGGUCAUCGGUCAACCUGGCUGGAAGGCGCCCUAUGGCGACAUCCCAGUAACACGAAUUGGCGACAAACAUCACGCGACGAAGGAGGGGAUGAAUGGAGACAUCAAGAAAAUCCCAGAAAUCGGUCUAACGUAGACAAAUGGGAUCGAGAUUGGAGUGAGAGACCUGUUCAGGAUAGACCGCAGUCUUGGAACUCGAGCCGUCGGACGUGGAUGGGCGAUAAUCAGAACAGCGAGGACAAUUUACCGGAGUGGGCCGUUGAUAGUGCUGAAGCGGGAGCCGGCACAUUCGACUCCACCGGCGCUUUUCACGGUUAUAGUAAUGACGACUCAAAUAUACCCAAGAGCCAAGAAACGACCUAUCCUUUGACUCGUUCGCACACACACGGUAGUUUCGCAAGAUCAAAAACUGCCGAGGAAGGAUCUGAUGAGUGGUGGGCUUCAGAAAAGGCCAAGAAAUUAUCACCGAAAAGAUUUGAUGCAGGGGAAGCCAAGUACAAGAAGUCUUUAAGCACGGGAUCGAACGAAGCCGCAGCAAGCUCAGGUUCAAAUCAAGGAAACACAAAUAUAGAUGAAGUACAAGAAAUACCAGAGAAAUUGGAGAAUUCUCGUAGCGAGGCCGAUAAUAACACCCACAAUAACGCGGAGGAAAAUAAAGAGAAUGUAAUGAGACAGAAGUUCUCGGAGAGCAAGACGUUUGAUGCGCUGAUGAGAUCUGACAUCGAUUUCGCGGAGAACAAUGAUGAUAUGAGUAACUUCCAGUCGGUUAUGAUCACACCGAACAACAGUCUCCGCCAGAAACACCAGAACAUCGUCACAUCGGGCGCCGAUCCGUCGAUUAUGCAGGCGUCCAGCUCGGGACUACUUCACAUACUGCACGGCAUUCCGAUGAGCGCCAAGACCACAGAGAAUGAAGCCACCCAGACUUCCGAGGACAAAAUAGUCGAAGAACUGAUUGAUAUGACACUCGAGGACCCAACCCUGCCGCCGAAUUUGCAAGCCAAUACGGCUAAUACGAUGCUGAUCCAUCCCAUCCCCAACGCGACACCUGGCCUGCAACUACGAAUCCCAAACCCUGCAAUGCAAUCCCAUGCUUUGUCAAUGAACACGGCGUCGUUACCGACUUCAGCUAUGCAAGCUCCAAACAUCCAAAAUGUUGGCAUACAAAAUUCAGCCUUGAACUCCUCCCUAGGACUUCCGAUCGGUCCUCCCGGAAACAAUGGAAUGGUUUUGCCAUUGCCACUCCCGCCGGUUAUGCAAAACACGCAAAUAAACGCCAUCAAUACAGGUAUACAGCCGAGAACAGUGAUGGGUAGCUUCCAACCCAACAACGGUAUACCAGUGAUACCCGCACCCAAUGUCGUUAAUAAUACAUUGUUCAUGGCCCAGAACAACGCACCGCUGUCAUCGUCGAACGAUAUGCCGAUGUCCAAUCACGGCGGGCAAAACAAUCUGUUCCCCAUUCACGGGAUACAACACACGACCUCGCAAAGUUUCGGAUCCAUAUACAGCAAUAUAAUGCAGACCCCGACGCCCCAAGGCACGCCCAACGCUCAGAACCUCGCCGACCAGUGGUAUUACGAAGAUCCUAAAAAAAUCAUCCAAGGGCCGUUCUCCUCCAAGGACAUGUAUAAUUGGUACCGCGCCGGCUUCUUCAGCCCGAGCCUGAUGGUGCGUCGUGCUUACGAACCCCACAUGCGCCCGCUCGGCUCGUACGGUCCGGUACCGUUUGCACAAAUGGAUGUUCUCUCUCCAUUCCCUAUGUCUGGGUUCGAAUCUAGACCCCAAGGGUACGAUAUGCUUAACCAACAGCCGGGCCUGGGAAUCGAAGAUUCGCUAUGGGGCCAGCCGGGGCCGGCGCAGGAUAUGAUGUGGAUGCAGCAGACUAUCAAUGCAAGGAACGAGAGCAGCGUCAACAAUUUGCCAAUGUUUUUCUGGGACCCACAGCCGUCCUCUGCGAUAUCUUCCAACUCGUUACUGCCGGAGGAGAUAGCCAAGGAGAUGAAAACCGAGGAUCAAAUUCUAGCUCAACUCAGGGCUUCGCAAAACUUACCUACCCCUCCGACUGCGCCCUUCCUGACCGACAGUACCGCGACCACGACCUCAACGUCUUUGACUAUGAACACUACGAAUGAUGGGUUUUCAACCGUAAUCGCUACUCCUGACCUGGAAAAGUUGCAGAAGUUGCUGCAGAACGACACUGUUACGACACCCGCCCCCACCGGUGACGUGAAAGACGCCGAAAAUGUCGAGGUUACUUCGUCUAAACCGGCUAAGGCUGAAGCUACCUCUGAAACGCCAGUGAAAUCAGCACCAACCAAAACACCAUCGGAAAAAUCAAAACAAGCUAAAAGUGACACAGACAAAUCUGCUAAAGCCAAGGACGUUACCAAAACUAAAAAUAAAAAGACCAAAGAAGAAAAGAAAGAAGAUAAUGACGGAAAGAACAAAGAAGAGGAAAGCAAGUCCGAGAAAGCAUCGGUUGAAUCUUCACCGACGAAGAACAAAAAAGAAGAGAAACAAAGUAAAAAAGAACUAGAAAAGGAGAAGAAGGAGUGGAUUAAAGAAGGCUUCACAAUUGUCAAAGCUCCCGAGAAGGGUAAUAAUAAAGAAUCCAAGAAGAAGGCCGAAGAGACCAAGGCGGCCGAGGAGGUCGAAAAGAAAAAUUCUCAUUCUAGGAAAGAAGAAGAGAAGGUCGUCGUCGUUAAAGAAGAGGAAAGAAGGAAGAUGACAGAAUUAACAAAGAAACAGCAGCGACAAAUACUUGAUUCACUCUCGAAGAAAGCCCCGUGGUCCGCAACGCAGGCUGCAACCACGAAGGAUGGGAUCAAUCUCGCUGAGAUACAGCGCCUGGAGAGGGAGAAGAAACUGGAACAGAUAAAGGAGCAGCAACACAUGAUGCAGCUGAUCGCUCAGCAGCAGGCCGAGGCGCUCGCGAGGGAACAGGUCAUAAAUAGUUUGCUCAAUUCGCAGGAUUCGCAAACGAAUCUACCCUGGAGUAAGAAGAAGUCGAGCAACACCGGGUCCGGUCAGAGUCUAGCAGAGAUACAGGCGGAAACGAGACGGCAAUCGGCCGCAGCCCAGGCAGCUGCUGCGGCUCACGCCAUUGAGGAGGCCCAAGCGCUCCCUCCGCCUCCGCCCAACCACGCGCCGUGGGGGAACUCACAUAACGGUGGUGGUUUCUGGGAUACGCAACCUAACUCUUCGAAGCCGGAGAAGCCCCAGGAGCCGAAACCGGAGAAGAAGAAGAAGGUUGUCGUCUACGCUCCAAAGAAGGAGACCUCUCCGGUAGCCGAGUUCGAAGCAUGGUGCAGCAACGUGCUGACCUCGUGGAGCUCCAAGAUUGAUGUGCCGACGUUCGUGGGCUUCCUCAAGGACAUAGAGUCGCCCUACGAGGUGAAGGACUACGUCAAGUGCUAUCUCGGCGAAUCGAAGGACGCCAAUGAUUUUGCUCGACAGUUCCUCGAGAGAAGAUCUAAGCUGCUCCGCGUGGGAAUGGUGACGCCCUCGGACGACCUUUGCUCCCCCGCCAUGGCCGUCAAUCCGCGAGCCUCGCUCUCCGACUACCAGGAGGUGAAGGGCAAGGGGAAGAAGUCGAAAAAAAAUAAAAUGCUCAAAGUCGACGCUCGUAUCCUCGGCUUUUCCGUGACAGCCGCCGAGGACAGGAUCAACGUCGGCGACAUUGAUACCGUAUGAGACGACGACUAAAUUGACUACUCGCCAUGUGAUAUCACCCGGAGGUAUUUAAUUAAUGCACUAUAAAUUAAAAACGGUAACGGUCUCACAGCGCCCGGUGGUAUCCACCGGACGUCGGUGCAGUACGCGUAGACAUUUUUAUAAAAA